UUUGCUGAACAAAUUACAACCAAAAACAGGAAAGAACAUUUGGCACAGUCUAUUUUGCCUACACUCACAUAGACCAGUAUCAUAUCUUUUUCCCUUAAUUUUGAACUGAUUGAUUUCCAAGUCAGAUGUUUAUUGUUUUUCAUACAGUCACUUUUUGUUUGGGUCAUACAAUUUACCUUUUGAAUGCUGGCAUAGUAUUUGUUUUUUCAGUCUUGCAGUGCUCAAAAGUUACUGAAAAAUAUCAACAGUAACUGUUGGUAAAAUUUCAUAAACAAAACUCUUGAAUGUUCAGACUUUCUUAUUUGAAGUUCUUCACUUUUAAUUAGUGUGCAGAGCUUGUCUUCAAUAGCCAUUAAUCAACAUCUCACAAAUAUUUAUUGGGAUGAGAAUGGCUAUGCUGCUAUUACUGUCAGACAGUAACUACUGAAUGGUUUAAUUGUCCCAACAACCUGGCCAGCUUUCUGUGUUAUAACAUUAAAUACCUAAUACAUUUCCUCAAUAACCCAAACAGAUUCUAUUAGUGUGGCUUCCUAACACAUUUCAAAAAUUCUCCACCUCUUUUAGCUGUAGAUUUCCCCUGUUAUCAUUUUGUACUGAAAUAAAAUUAGCUGCUUUCUGUAACCCAAGACAAUUUCACUGAUAACAGACUCUCAGUGAAACUGAUGCUGUUCAGAUGCAUAAGAUGAAGCCUUGGUAAAGCAUUGGUUUUUCAGAGGUGUGCUCCAGCACCGAAUCCUCAGCUCUAAGGCAUGUUCAAGCUCCACCAGGUGCUGCUUCCUGAUCAGCAAUCAGGAAAAAGAUGGAGGCUGAAGAGGAGGAAGGUUUUUUCCACAAAGAAGCACAUCAGUCAGAAUGAGGGAUAGCUCCCUAGUUCUAUUAUCCUCAGCUCUGCUUCCCUUGUAGCUGACAUUCCAGAACUGCAUUUUUACCAUCUCUAGGACAGUGUCUGAGAAGAAACUGGAUAGUUGUAGGGCGACAGUGCCACCCAAAUGGUCAGUUUCAGCAACCAAGUGACACACUAGCAGCCUGGAAAGCAAUGGUUACUUCAGGACAGCUAGCUACCAACAUCAGCAAGCACAUUUCAGUUGUACAGAGCACAGACAGAGGCAGCUCACCUGUGGCAUGGGAUAGCAUUCAGCACCAAGUUGUUCAGUCCAAGUGGAAAGCAGAAAGGACUGAGACACAGAGUGCAGUUCCCUUCACUCCCAAUACACCACACAGACUGUGAGAGCAGAAAACUGGGCAAAAUCUCUAGAUUUGCAUACAAGUAGCCUACCUUUACCAGAAUGGACUUCAGGACAAUCUUCUAGAGGAAGGGAAAAGGGAAUCUAGUUCUUCUGGCGUACACUAAGCUAUGUGAAGCAACUGAAAUAUCUUCCACUUCACUAAAUCUACAGGUAUUGCAACAGUACAUGCAUCAUCGAGUGUAUGCAAAGAAUGAGGGCUAUUUGGAAAAGAAAUCUUACAGUAGAUCGCAGGAAGUGGAAAGUUGUCACAAAGAUGUGCCAGCCUCAAAUUCUGUAUUACAGACAACUGUCAGCUGCAGUGACGUAAAGCUGCAUGGGUCUGUCACAAGUAAAAUUUUAAUUAACUCUAAAUGUUUCAAGCCUCAAAGGUUUAAAUGCAUAUAUUCAUGAUCUUCACAGUCUAUUUGCCACAUCAAAUAGAUUUUGAAAAUUUUAUCAUAUGAACCACUAAAAUGAUUUAGCGUGAUCUUUCAAAGAAUAUGUACUUGUUCAGGAAAGUGGAAAAUUUUAACUCUAAGUAUCAAAAUAUUCAGAAGAUUACAAACAUGGAAAAUCAAAAGAGCAAAUACUGUUCUGUAACUGCUGCCUCUUAAAAUGUACAGAGUUCAGCUUGCUGUGAAAAAACUCCUAUCCUUUACAAACCUCAGCUUCUUGGAAAUCCCUGCUUAAUUCUGCCAGGACAUUACUUGUUCAGCUUCAAAGUGUUUCAACAACACCAUGCAAGACAAAAGCACUGCAGAAAUCGUUCUCUUAGGAGCCACUAAAUCUAUAUUUAACACUAAAGUUAUAUACGAUGUAAGCACAUUGGCUGAAUUUUUCAUCACUGGAUAAUAAAUUAAAUUUGAACAGAAAUCUCUUGCAGUGACCAAAAAAAAAAUAAAAAUUAAACUGUUCCUGCCUUUCAUUUUCUUGAUUAUUCACUCAAUAAUUGUGAAUGGAGUUGAUUUUGGGAAAAGAAGUUGAAAUGUUUAAAGAUCAGAAAGUGGUUGAAAUCUCUGACUGAAGUAAUGCUAAACAUUUCAAUGGUCUCAAAGAGUUAACAUUAAAACCAUGAUUAAUUCCUGAUAAAAAAAAAUCUAAUGAAUAAUAUCUCUUUAAUAUACCACACUCAGCAGCAGAAAAAAAAAAAGAGUAUCAGUGGUAGGGAUACCCUGGCAAGGCUGAAAAGCAAAUUUUAAAAGUGCAUUUAUUUCUACUAGGUUUAAUUACCAUUUAAUAAAAUAUAGUGACGAUUCCACAGUAUCAAUAAACAGCCUUAGAGACAGCGAGAACAGUAUUAGUAAUAUCUUUAGAAACAGAGCAGGCAAAUUCACAGAAGGAUCAUCUGACUUUCUGUUGUUUAUUGGGCAAAGCAGGAGGCAUCUACCUGUACAAGUGAAAAACUCAGCUGGACAAAGAUGGGCUCUGCUCCCCCUGCCCAGCCUAACAUAGUGCUCACUGCUCACGCUGCCCUGGAUGCACACACAGUGCCUCCCACCCUCCCGUUCCCCCUGGCCCCAGGAAAUGUACAGGCAGAUGUGUGCGGAGCCUUCCCCUCCCUGCUUAAAGGGGAAACCUUUUCUAAAAGGAGCCCAAAAGCCAACCUCAGUGCAGCUUCACAGAGAGAAGACAGCCAUUUGAUUGUAGCAUGCUCUGCCGCCGCCGCUGCUCCCCCAGUACACAAGUGUUGCUAAGCUGUAAUGUUAUGUGAUGUUCAGCACGCUGUCUGUGAGCACACUAACCCUUUGUUCCACGGCUGUUGUAGCAGCCGUUGUUGCUGCUGAAAAAGAAGGAAUUCAUGCUACUUAGUGACUUAAGAAACACCAUGCACAUGAACAGCAAACCGCUCUCCUUUCCAAAACAGUUUUUAUCUAUGGCACAGAUAAAGCCAAACCUCAUUAGGCUGCAGUGCUUGCAUUGGUGCGAAUGCUUCCAUCAGCUGAAAAUGGAAGCUUUCAUCACAAACUUAAACUCACCAGACUGACAAGUCUUCAGCAUCACUUCCAAAGUAACAGUAUGAAACCAUCUCAGUGCCACACACACGUCUUAUAUGUGAGGAAUAACCACAACUGAUACCUCUCUGUGUGCCACUAGGGAUGCCUUCACUUUCAGUGCUGCCCUGCUGUACGAUCAGGUACCACAGAUAAUACAAGGAAAACGUGAAAAAAAAAGCUCCGUGCAAACUGAGAUCCUUGCACCGUAAAUGUUUAACUCCAGAAGCAUUACACACAAUUUGGCCAGCUGAUACUACAAACACAUUGCAAAGCAUUAAAAACAAGGUGCCCUUUAGAACAGCAUUACUCAUUUCUGUGCAGAACUCUCAAAACUCUGUAAACUUCCUAGGUGUAAGGACAGAGAGAGAAGUGGUUUUUAUCCCCUCCUUCCCUCACACAGUUAAAUGCAAAUUCCCUCUACAGUCAUAUUCCUGCCAUCUCCCUGCAUACACAGCUGAUACGCCACCUACUGCAAAACCCAGCUGACAGCCGGAGCAAUGCUAGCAGCAUUUCCAUUCCAACAUCGUGCCUGAGCUGAAGAAAGGUGCUCUUAAAUAAAAAUUUCUCUCUUUUCAAGCUGACAAGAACAAAGCAAGAUCGCUGUGCUUCGCUUCGAGAAUGGAGAGAAAAUCAAACAGAAGAGCAAAGGAAUCUGAAGAAAGCCACAGCAACUUCGAGGGCUCUGAGCAAGACAAGGACUAUAAAACGUCUCUGAUUACUCUGAAUGUUGGUGGCUAUCUGUACAUCACACAAAAACAAACACUAACCAAGUACCCAGAUUCUUUCCUCGAAGGUAUCAUCAACGGAAAAAUAAUGUGCCCGUUUGAUGCAGACGGACAUUACUUCAUAGACAGAGAUGGACUCCUGUUCAGACACAUUCUGAACUUCCUACGAAAUGGAGAACUUCUGCUACCGGAAGGGUUUCGAGAAAAUCAACUUCUGGCACACGAAGCAGAUUUCUUUCAGCUGAAGGUCUUAUCGGAUGCAGUGAAAUCGAGGUGGGAGAAGGAGCAGCUCGCAUCUCGAGAGACCACUUUCCUGGAAAUAACUGACAGCCACGACCGCUCGCAGGGGCUCCGGAUCUUUUGUAACGCUCCUGAUUUCAUAGCAAAAAUAAAAUCCCGAAUCGUACUGGUGUCUAAAAGCAGGCUGGAUGGAUUUCCAGAGGAGUUUUCAGUCUCUUCGAAUAUCAUUCAAUUCAAAUACUUCAUAAAGUCUGAAAAUGGUACACGACUUGUGCUGAAGGAGGACAACACCUUCGUCUGCACCCUGGAAACUCUUAAGUUUGAGGCAAUUAUGAUGGCUUUAAAAUGCGGAUUCAGACUGCUGACCAGCCUGGAUUGUUCCAAAGGAUCUAUUGUUCACAGCGAUGCACUUCAUUUUAUCAAGUAAUUACAAAGGCAGAGGAAACAAGCAUGCAGUCGGCAGACCUCCUUUAACGGCAGCGUCCUGGCAUCACAGAUCUCCUAUCUAACCAGCCCUGUACCACACAGCUCGGCUGCUAAUCAGUUAAUGUGAGCUAAUGGUAUGUAAAUCUCGUAAUGACAUCCAUCUCCGGCUUAUUCGAGCUGAAUGAAAUUUUUAUUAAAUUCAGGCAUCAAAUUUAUCUGCUAACCACUGUAAACAGAGACCGAAUGCUUUCUGGUAUUUGUACUAUGUUUUUUUCAUGCUGUCUUUCAACCGGGAAGUCUCGCUGAAUUUCUGUGUACUUGUAUGACUAACACGCACACACCUAACUGCUCUGCUGAGCAGCACGGAGACUAUUCUCAUACAACAGGCAGGCUCACAGUAUGUUCUGCUCCUCGUGAAUUCAGAAUGGGUUUUAACUGGAAUAAAUGUUUUUAAAUGUUCCUUAGUGUUGAUGCUAAUUUGUUGUUAUGCUGAAUUUGCAAAAAAAAAAAAAACAAAAAAACCCAACAACGUGGUAUUGAGAGAGGGUUUUAAAAUUAAUCUGCUUCAUUCUAAAGUUAAACAACUGUCUUCAAAAGAAAUGUACAGCUGUGCUACUACAUUAAUAGCAACUGCUAAGGACAAAUCAGCCAACCAGUAAUGCUGGGGGGUCAGUUCUAUUAUGGGAAAUGAGUUGACUCUGCAGAGAAUGUUACAUUUUUCUGCAUAUAUCUAUUUAUCAGAUGGCUAAUAAAAAUGUUUGGCAUAAAAUUUCAUGUAACAGGUUUCCAACAAUUUCGUGUAACGGGUUUCCAACCUCCUACAAUGCUGAAGUCACUAUUUUCCACUAAUCACUGGUGAUCAUAAAGACAGGCAAUUAGCAGAGCCCCUGCUCUGCACAACAGCUUAUCGAAAGCAGGUAGUAGUAUUAGUUUUGAAUAGAUCACCUGUAGCAUCAAUAUAAGUGAUGGAAUAAAUACCUUCUUUCUCCUCAUCUGCAGUUUAUUAAAUCUUCCCAUUUGUAUUUUAAACAAAGUUUAUAAAGCAGUCACUCCACAAAAGCCAAAUGAAAAAUCAUCACACAACGCAAAUGGAAGCUGCACAAACUCUGAGCUUAAGUUUUGACCGUCAGUGAACUCCACCAUCACCAACAGCUCAAAUGAACCCAAAACUCAAGUGAAAUGCUAUUAAAGAAAGCAAACCCAGCCAAGUGGUUUCUUAGCUUUCCCAGACUAUCUCUUUUGUACAGAAAAAAGAAAGCAAACAUUAAGAAUGCACAAAGAAAAUGCAGUGUAAUCCAUGCUAAAGUGACAACUGAGGAGAACAGACAAUAUCUGAUAGGAUGAGAACAGCCUUUUUUUGGAUUUUAGAGGGAAUAAAUCCAUCUUCAGUAACAGUGACCAGGAAUACAAUGGCAUACAACAACUCCCUCCUUACCCUCCAAUGUCAAACUCUGUUCAUUAUAACAUACAACGGCUGCUGGUAUCAGAGUCCCCACAGACGAACUCACAGAGGGAGACCAGACAGAAGUGACUGAACAAUAACCUACUAUGAUUUUAUCUAGUGGGAAAAUCCAGGGUCUCCAGAAUACCUCUUUAGAACAAACCCUUGGGCUAGAAACUACAAACUUUUCUGUCCUCCCUAUAUUAAAAACACAAUGAUUAAAAAAGAUGUAGCUUUAAAUGGAACUUUCCCAAACUGUCUAAAAUUUGCAUCACUGUAAAUUUCAGGCAUGCAAGUUUGUGUGUCUCAGAACUGACCCAUGUUUGUCCAAAUGCAUUAACCAUCCACAAAAGAUAUACAGUAAAAUGUAAUUUCUUACAUAUGAACCACUUUUACACUUUUAGGCCAUUUCAGCUAGAACACUAUCACUGUGUAUGUGUCUGAAUCCCUCCUUCACCACCACAAUUGUCAGAAAUCCUCACUAAUCUCUAAUCUUAUACUUUAUCUCCAGAACUUCUGUGGAAAGUAAAUGCAAUAGCUCACCUGAAACACAUUCAUUCCUGCUGAUCUGCUAGGACAAGUACUAGAAAUACCCUCACACAGAAUAACUGUAUGAAACGUCAUUUGUAGACACACUUCUUCACAUGAGCAAAAAAAUAAAAGCGCUGAGACAAUCUAACCAAGCUGCUUCAAUAAUUUACAGGUUUUAAAGGCUGCUCUCAGUGCUGUCAAAUACACAGCCUGUAUAAGCACAAAGCCUGGAGAAUUUGUUCCUCAGAUGUCGCAUCACCCAUUUUCACUUAAAUGCUUUUGGUUGUAACCUUCAGCUAGAAUUAAUCUUUGGUUGGGAUUUAAAAUGCUGGUCCAGUUGAGAAGAAGAAAAGAAAGAAAUUAAUUUUGAUUCCAAACAAUUCAUAAAAAUCUGCUGUUGUUGCUUGCCUUUCAUUUGAGCUCUUUGGAAUUGUUAGCACCAUCAUAUCAGAAAGAAGCAUCAGUUGUCCACCUCAGUAGAACUUCACUCAUGAAAAACAAGCAGAGUUGGAUGGCUCUGCAUUUACUAUGGAAAGUACUUUUGUCAUGUAAGCUAUUUACAAGUUGGUAAUCAUAGGUAACAUUCAAACCACUUGAAAUACCUUCUAAGAAUAUUUUGCAGCUAUUCUUAAGAGUCUUACUGGAAAGCUUUUAUUUGCCAGGCAUCUGGUUCAGAGUCCCUACAUCCUUCUAAUGUAUGAAAACAAAAAAAGCUCUUAAACUAUUUUUUGUUAUUAUUUUUGAAGUGAAAAAUUACAUAACUAUGCGUACCUCUGAUCAAAUGUACCCACUCAGCUGUUGGAAUCACAGAGCAGAAACAGAAGGAAGAUGAGGAUAACAAAAUAAUUGUCUUUCAGGUUCACAUUGAACAAAUCCACAAAUACACUGAAGUAUACAGUUACCAUUGCACUGUUUCCUUUUUACUCCAUAAGUAAAUUUAAUAAAAUGAAAAUACAUUUUGCAUAUGUUCACUCAGGUGGGUGCCUGCGUUCCUAUGGCUGUACCAGAAAAGACAGUGAGUUUUUCUGUCUUGCCUUUACAAUUGGAAAUUGUAUACUUAAGGAUACUACAACAAAAAUAAAUCACAAAAUCAAGUGCUCAGGUCAGAAAUACUAACAGCUAUUUUAACAGUAUUGCUUUGAAUAUAAUUUACAUGCAAGUACUUCUGUACUUCUUUCACUAAGAGUUACUUAUCAGUAUUAAAACCUACAAGAAUCAUGAAAGAAAUGUGUGGAUUACCCUCAAUUGCAAUUCAAAGGUAAGAGUAAAAAGUAACUUCCUCUUCCCCUAGGGGGCACUUUGCCUGCUCUUGUUCUAUGUCAACUCCACCUGCCUUUGCCUAUUUUUUGGGCAAGAGAAAGGGCCAUCCAGCAGACAAUUCAGUAGCAAAGGAGGGAGCUGAAGGCAGGACUGAUCAACACGCACUGCAGAAAGAAUAUUCUGGCCCCUGUAAACUCCCUGAAUGACUGCUCAUUAAGUACAUUUAUAUAUUGACCAAAACACCCAUUGAACUGCUUCCUCCCACACUUGCAUGUGCCUAUUUUCCAUCAGCUACGGAGAAAGCAAUGGCAGUUUUAUCACACUUGGCAGUAUGCUGUUAUAGUUAUCACCAAUUCAGUUUAUUUCUAUACAGGGCAAAACCUAAGAGUGGCUGCAUUACGUCAGACUAAGGUCUGUCUUUCCCAGUAUCCCGUGGUGACUGUGAACUCUAUUUCCAUCCUUCAGUCCUUCGUAUCUUUUGGCAGGAUCGCCAUUACUGAUCCUCUGACUUGCAUAUCCUUCCCUACCUUGUUUUCCCUCCAGUAUCACACAGCUAAUUUUUAUUUUUCCUUUAUGCCACUCAUCUCCUUCAUUAGAGGGGCUGUGGGGCUUUUUUAAGGAUGAGCAUCAGCCUCACUGUAAGAGGAGAAAUCAGUAAAGACAGUAGUCAAAAGCAGAUGCCCAGGAAAGAAUGUAGGAAGCAGACAAACAUGUAUGAUGCUCCCCUGAAGUAUUCCCUCAGACUCCAAUCACUUACUACCAAUGAUCUCUAGAGCCAAAGGUGGCUUUGAGAGGUGGCCUCGAUGCUAGGAAAUAGGGCUCUGCAUCAAGGUCAAAUUAUAGUUCUCAUCUCAGUCAUUACUGCCUACCCACUGAUCAGUGUUCAGCAUCCUAAUUGCACUACUGACAUUUUCACAUACUUACAUCAUAUUUUUAACUGUAUCUUUGCAUUCAUACUUACUAUGACUGUGUAAGUGACAAUUGGCUACUUCUUUUCUAAGGUAGUUAAUACUUAUUUAGACCCUGAAGGGAAAAACAUUACAUCAUUUGCAGCAAUCAGUGACACUGUUGUUUUCACUUCCUUCUUACAAGCAUUGCAAGGCUUCCAUUCUAUGAGAUGGGAAGGUCUGAAGAAACAUAAGCUCUCUACCUCUCUCCCCAUUAGCAUACAGGCAGAAUAAGGGCAUGCAAUGAAUAUUAUAAUUUAACAAUGGAAGUGUCUCAUUAAUUACUUUAUUUGGGUAGAAAGGUCGCGUUGCCCUAAUUCUGUCAACUAAUGAAUCAGGAUGAGUGAUGGGGGCACGAGUCAACUUGGGUUUAUGACAAAAUAAAUAUUAUUUUCUUAGACUAGAAUUAAUUCAUCUUUGCUAGAUAGCUAUUAUCCAACCUCAAUCUUGUCUCCUGUCUUAAUAUGUGGCAGAAAUUCUUAGACUGACAGGAAAAUGACUACUAGUUAACAAAAUACAAGCAUUUUCACAUGAAGAGACAGGUUUGCAUAUUUUAUUCAGUUGAAACAAAGCCAUCAUUAAAGUACAACAAAUUUCAGAUCAGAAAAUAUGAUGGUUUCCAAUUAAUUUUGAAAUUGAUGUUCCGAAAGCGCUAUGCAAGAGUAUAUCACACAGAGCACUUUCUCAAAACACUGCCUUCAUAAAUCAUCAUUCAAAGUAAAAUGCCAGAAAAUAAGAAACCCUGCAAGAACUCAAGACCGUAGGAGGGAGAUGUACGAUGGCACCAGAGCAAGCAUUCUGAAAGAAAUUGCAUAAUAUUCUGCAGAACCAGACAGUUGAUUUCUCUUCCUAAAAAUGUGUGUAGUAGGAGUGCCACAGCUAAAGCAACAGUCUACAAAAAAACUGUUUCUAUCUGCACUGGUAACAACUUAACAUCAUUGCCAUUACCAUAUAGCACCACAUUUGUUCAUUUUAAGCUUCUGAAAAGAAUACUGCCCUGCUGCUUCAGAAAGAAAAAUGUUCAAGAAAAUGUUCAAGAAUUAUACCUGUAAACAUCAGCUACUUAUUUAAAACAUUAUUACAUGAUGGCAUGCAAGCUCAACACAGUUACUGUUUGAAAAGCAAGUAAUUAGAAGAUGAUUUUAAAAAUCAAGUCGUUCUAAAGGACUGUAAAGUUCUGAUAAUGCUAAAAAUAAGUACAGUAUUGCCUUGGUGACUGGUGUUAAAUAAUUUGGGGAAACAUUACAUAGGUUAGUGGAAAUGAGACCAACUACACCAAGGAGAAGAGAAGUCAGAUUUUAAAACCCGAGGCUGCUUCUUAGAGAAAACUCAAGCUCCAGGAAAACAGGGAUCCAAGAGGCUUGCUAGAACUUGUAGUGCCAGACUGUCCAAGCAGAGAGGAGGGGGUGGUGCAGUGAGCCAGCUCACAAUCCCUGAGCACCAAGGAUGAGCAGGGCAAAAGGACUCUGAGAGUGACUGUAAGCCUGGGGCCUUGGGUUGAUGAUGAGGCACAGCUGCACAGAGUGUAACAGUGAGACUGGACAACACAAGUUUAUGGUCUAAUCAUCUCCAAACUACUGCUACCACAACCAACUUUUGGUUUUUGAUAAGUCAUGUUUCAGAAAGACUUUUUUUUUUUUUUUUUUUCUGCAGCAGCAGCAGAAAUAAGAGGAAUGGAAAGAUUCAAUUUUUUACUUGUUAACAGAAAAAUAUCAAGCUAUAAAGCUACUCCUGCAGCUCCACAGCAAGCUACUUGCUAAUUCAAAGGAGGUUCUUGAUUUUGUACCAUAGUGAACAGAUGAAUAAAAAAAAGAACAGGUCAGACGUGGGUACAGACUCUCUCAAUUAACAAGAAAAAAUUAAGCAAACAAACUAGCAAUGAACAGCCUAAGCAUCAAAAAACAUAAACAGAAUAUGCAACUGUACCACCAAACCCAGUCAUUUUCUGCUUCUCUACUACGUAAGUAAAGUCUUCAGCAAGUACAUGAGAUAAAGCAGUAUAUUUUUUCAAUGCUGAAACUGGUAAUCUCGUAAAAAACAAAUUAAAGCUUUUGCAAAUCAGGCAGAUAAGAAUCACCUAAAGAGAGAAACGGGUACUCUCAGCUUCCUAGCUUUCCCAAUACUAACUCAGCAUCUCAGGCAUUGCCAGUUCUUGUGCUAUUUCCUAUACAUUUUCCAAAACGAGUAGAAACUCAUAUUCUUUCCCUACAGUUCAGAAACCUAACAUAUAGACUUCUUUAUGCCUUCUUAUACAAUAAUAAAAAAAUCUAUCUCUCUAAUACUUUCUGCUGUGCAUAAUGAUGAUUUCUGGCUUGCACACAGAUCACAGUGCAGAAAUCCCAAGGACAACCUGCAUGAGUAAGACAAUAUGUUGUAGCACAGCUACACACUGUUCCUUCUGUUGGCAAGAAGCUGGGGCUGGAAAAGCCUUAGAGUUCAGGGAGAGCACCAAAUCAGCUCUGCUAGACUGUUUCCAGACUCAGGAAUACAGAAAGCUGAGGUCCUACUGCAUGACAGCCUCCAGUAUUCUCACAUCCAAUUGUAGCUAAGGUAGAGGUAAAUAACUACAGACAACCUUAGAACUGCUCUUGGCUUUGCCCUCAGAAGUCGCUCCCACGUUGAGCCUGUUCAGUCGCUUCAAGUGGUUAAGGCUUGAACUUGAAGGCACAAGUUGUGUGAAGCUUUUUUCUUCCUCACUAUAAGUAAAGAGGGGGAAGAAAAAAACAACCAACAAAGAGUUUAUCACAAGCACGUUGUUUAAAAAUGCAGGCAGAUGUGCUUACCAUAAAACUAGACACGUAAGUUGCUCCAAAAGAAAUGCCUCCUAUUUAUUUCUAUGGAAACUACAACAGCUACAGUGAACAUAACAUUGUUUGAUAGAAUAAAUUCUCAGCUACAAAACACUAUUUUGUGACAUAGUCCCUAAUGUUAGCUAGGCACGUCUCCAUAAACAUUCAGCACUCACUGAUGAAUGUCAGUGGGUGCCAUUUUUUCUGCAUGGAGGAAUUCACUGACA